UUGUAGCUAUGAACUUUAUAUGAAUCCGUGGAAAAGUUUUAGUUUAACAUGACGUGGGAAGUAUACUACUUUCUUUCAUGAAUUUCUAAGUUGAGCGAUCGGUUUGGUUCCUGUUUCAGGGACAAUAGAUGCAAAAUGCUGCUCCAAUUCUGAUGAAUAUCACGAAUAUCUAGGUUCUCAAGAUAUAUAUGCAUGCCUUUUGAUUCUUAUGAUCAUAGAAAUAGCUGUUGACGAAAUCAUCCUGAACUUUUGAUCCAAAGACUCAGAUGGAGAAUGGGCAUUACAAUGGUACUGCCAGUGUUUUGGAGCCUACUCCAACUGUAAAUGAUCAGAGCAACUUGAAGGUGACAGUUUGUGCAACAAAUGGUUUUACUUCAGGGCCAACUGGAAAUUGUAAAAGUCAAGAAGCAAUUAGACUACGGGAGGUUGCAGUUAACCAGACCAAUGUGGCAUGUGUUUACAGACAAGAUGUUGUGAGGUGCAACAAAGAUUGGAGUCGAAUUGGGGUUGUGACAGAAGUUGCUGGUGAUUCUGAUUCAGAAAGCGACAUUACCGAUGAUGAUGAUGAUGAUGAUGAAGAAGAAGAUGAUGAUGAUGAUGACGAAUAUGAUGAUUAUGAUGACGGUGUUGAUGAUGAUGGUUGUGAUUAUGAUGAGCUUGAUGGUGAUUCUAAUGGGAAUGGCAACAGGAAUGGAAGAGGUGUUUCAAAGAGUGACCCUCUUCGAGCUGACCAAGUCAGGGUGUUUUGGAUGGAUCGCUCUGAGACAGCACACAAUCUCAAUGACAUAACUGUUGUAGAUAGAGGCGUUUUGUAUGGGGAUGUUGUUGCGGCUGCUUCGGACCCAACAGGACAAGUGGGUGUUGUGGUGGAUGUCAAUAUCUCCGUUGAUUUAUUAGCUGCUGAUGGAUCCAUCAUAAAGGAUGUAUCCUCCAGAGACUUGAAACGUGUACGAGAAUUCUCUGUUGGUGAUUAUGUGGUUCUUGGUCCUUGGUUGGGUAGAGUUGAUGAUGUUCUAAACAAUGUAACUGUGUUAUUUGAUGAUGGGGCUAUGUCUAAAGUCACGAAAGCUGAUCCUCUGCGGCUCAAACCAGUUUCCAAGCACAAUCUUGAAGAUGGGCAUUUUCAAUACUACCCAGGUCAGCGGGUAAGAGCAAGUUCUUCAUCGGUUUUCAAGAAUGCUAGAUGGCUUUUUGGGCUGUGGAGAGCUAGCCGUUUGGAAGGUACUGUUACUAAAGUUACUGCUGGGUCUGUGUUUAUCUACUGGAUAGCGUCUGCUGGCGCUGGGUCUGGUUCUGGUUCCGCGAAAACUCCUGCUGAGGAGCAGAAUCCAAAGAAUCUGAAACUAUUAUCAUGUCUUGCACAUGCCAAUUGGCAGCUUGGUGACUGGUGUCUAUUCCCGUUGCAUUCUCAAUCAUCUUCCAAUCAACAGGAUACAGGUUCAACAGGAGUAAAACCUGAAGAUCCUAUUAUUGAUGGACUUGUGUCAGCUGAUCCGGGAAGUGGAUAUGGAUCAGAAGAGGGCAUUGAAGAGAAAUUAGGUGUGGAUUGCCCAUCAUCUCAAGACACUGAAGCCAUGGAUCUUGAUACAGCCUUUAUGUUGGAUGAAAAAAGUGGAAAUAUGGAAAACAAUGUCUCACCGGAAUGUAGCUCUUGUGGUGUCUUGUCAGGAUCAAAGGAACCUGUGCAUGAAAAUUGGCCUAUUCAUCGCAAAAAAAUCCGUAGAGUCGUGGUUAGAAGAGAUAGGAAGGCUCGAAGAAAAGAAGAAAAUUUUGAAAGAGCCCUUGUGAUAGUAAAUACCAAGACAAGAGUAGAUGUAGCUUGGCAAGAUGGAAAGACAGAACUUGGGCUGGAUUCAACCACUUUAAUUCCAAUUGAUACUCCUGGGGAUCAUGAUUUUCUUGUGGAACAGUACGUGGUGCAAAAGGCCUCAGAUGACAGUGAUGAAACUAGUGAAGUGAGGCGUGUUGGGGUUGUGAAGAGUGUUAAUGCAAAGGAGAAAACAGCCAUUGUGAGGUGGUUAAAGCCAGUAGCUAGGCCGGAAGACCCCCGGGAGUUCAAUAAGGAGGAAGUGGUAAGCGCGUAUGAACUUGAGGCACAUCCAGAUUAUGAUUAUUGUUAUGGGGAUUUUGUUGUUCGGUUGUCUCCAGUUUCAACUUCUGGUCAAGCUGUUGGUUUGAGGAACUCCAUUGAGGAAUUAAAGCAACACGCACCAAAUGAAGUUAAGCGGGACCUAAAAAGUCAUCCUGGAUGUGAGGACGUAGAUGAAACGUCCAAUGAUGAAACCUAUGCCGAAUUCUCAGAUCUCUCUUGGGUAGGAAAUAUAACUGGCCUUAAAGAUGGUGACAUUGAAGUUACAUGGGCUGAUGAGAUGGUUUCUACGGUUGGGCCUCAAGCAAUCUAUGUGGUUAGUCGGGAUGAGGAUGAAGCUGGGAGUGAAGUUAGUGAUGAUGCGGCGAGUUGGGAAACAGUUAAUGAAGAAGAAAUGGAUGUGCUUGAGAAUUGUGAAGAGGAUGCUGAACUGCAAAGUGCCAUUGACAACAAUCCUGAGGCAGAAAACAGCAAAACAGUUCAUUCAGGAGAGAACAGUUCUGGACGAAAUGGACCGCUAUCUAUAUCAUUAGCUGCCCUUGGGUUUAUUGCGAGACUUGUCAGUGGCUUUUUCUCAAGGGGAAGAAAACAGACAGAUCCUCUGUGUUCAGAAUUUGGGGAUGAGACUGCAGCUGAAUCACAGAAUGAGAGAAGAAGAGUAACAAAUUCUGCCUCCAGUUCUCAGGAAUCUAAUGCAGUGGAUGGUUAUGGUCCUCAAACUACUGAACAUGCCUUAGUGGGUGCGGAUGUAUUGGAUGCAACAGAAUCUUUAUGCAGCUUACGGUCUAAAGAACCAGAUGCUUUCAGCAUGACAACAAGUCAUGAGGAUGGUGCUUGCAGCUUCAAACGUUUUGAUACUGCUAAAGAUCCUUUGGACCACUACUUUAUUGGUUCAAAUGGACAGAAUAACAAUGGAAGGAAGUGGCUCAAGAAGAUUCAGCAAGAUUGGGCUGUUCUUCAGAAGAACCUUCCAGAAGGGAUAUACGUGCGAGUUUAUGAAGAUCGAAUGGAUCUCUUAAGGGCUGCCAUUGUUGGAGCGUAUGGGACACCUUACCAGGAUGGCUUGUUCAUCUUUGAUUUUCAUCUUCCACCUGAGUAUCCUCAGGUUCCGCCGUCAGUGCAUUAUCAUUCUGGUGGCUGGAGGAUAAACCCUAAUCUAUAUGAGGAUGGCAAGGUCUGCCUUAGUCUUUUAAAUACCUGGGCUGGCCGAGGAAAUGAAGUCUGGGACCCAUCAUCCUCAAGCAUCCUUCAAGUCCUGGUUUCUCUCCAGGGUUUGGUGCUUAAUUCUAAGCCAUACUUCAAUGAAGCUGGGUUUGACAAACAAGUUGGGACUACGGAAGGAGAAAAGAAUUCAUUAUCCUACAAUGAGAACACUUUCUUGUUAAAUUGCAAGUUGAUGACGCAUCUUCUGCGAAGGCCUCUCAAGGACUUCGAAGAGCUCAUAAAAGACCAUUUCCAGAUGCGUGGUUCUUACAUCCUUAGAGCGUGUGAUGCCUAUAAGAAAGGCUAUUUAAUUGGUUCUCUGUCAAAGGAUGCUUCCAUAAGUGACAAGGGUGAAGCAAAUUCAACUUCUGUUGGUUUCAAGCUGGUGUUGGCUAAGAUACUGCCUGGUCUACUUCUGGCACUAAAAAAGGUUGGAGCUGACUAUCAUGAAUUCAAGCACCUGGAGCAGUCAUAGUGGAGAAUAUCUUCAAAAAGAGCUAACCUCCCAAAAUCUUUCUUUGAUUCAAGGUCAGCUCCUCUAAUUUAUGGUGUUGAUUAUUUUCAAGAACUUCCCCAAUGUAAAGUUUAGCUGAUAUAUAGAAACGUUGGAUCUGCAUAAUCCAUGCAAGAGGCAUCCUCUGUCAUGUUUGAGAGCUUGUCUGAACCAUAAUGUUUCUUCAUUCUUUAUUUUUAGUAGAUAGAGUUCUUUAGAGCAAAGUUACGGGGUCUCCUCUGUGUCAUAGUGAAAAUUUUUCUCUGUGAUAAAAUCCCAGAGAUUGGGAGCAAGUAUAUAUAGUCUUGCAAUCAGCCUUUCACUUGUAGUUGACACAUUCACAUUGAUUUGGUAUAAUGGGAUAUCAAUUUAUCAUAUACAAGAAAAAGAUUUCUUUUCAGGUGCUUC